UUGGUACCAUACCUGAACAACUUGGGCAUUGCUGUUGCGGGCAGCUGCAGGGGCACGAAAUCAGGGGCCGAAGCUCUUCAGGUUCCUCAGCAAUACAGUCCCAGUCCCCACAGUCCCUCCUGUUGACAGGAGCUCGACUGCAAAGCUCGCCCACCCUGACGGACAUUUACCAGAACAAGCAGAAGCUUCGGAAGCAGCAUUCCGAUCCCGUCUGCCCGUCCUACACGGGCUGCAGCUAUGGCCAUUCACCCCAACCCCCACGGCCGGUCAGCCUGGGGACAUCGCCCACCAAACACAUGGGGUCGUCUCCACGGAGCUCGGACUGGCCCUUCAAAACGCCCCUGCCCACCAUCAUUGGAUCUCCCACCAAGGCAACGGCUCCUUUCAAAAUUCCCAAGACCCAAGCAUCGUCUAACUUGGUGGGCCUGGUCAGUCGGCAGGGGCCCUCGGAGCUUCUGCUACCGCAGCCGAAGGAGAUGGGGCAGACCAGAGAGCUCCCACCUUUCCACUCCACACAAAGCAGCGAGAAGCAGGCAAGAGAUCAACACGGCAAGAUGAUCUUUGGCAGGCCAGGUGGAUCGACUCGGUUUCCCUGGUCUGAAGGACCAGCUGAGAGACAAACCAUCAUGGAGAAAAUCUACCUAGCUCCCCCGGGGGCCUGUGGCAUUACCGGAGGACCUCCGUCCAUGCCAGUUGGAGCCAGUUCCAGGGCUGUGAUGUUCACUGUAGGAUCCCCUCCGAACAGCGCCACCCCUCCCACGUGCACCCACAUGGUUCUGCGAGCUCGCACAAUGUCAGUUGGCUCUAACAGCUCGGGAGGCUCCCUCUGUUCUACCAGUGGCCGGGUCCUGAUGGGCUCUCCGCCCGGAAUUUACAUGGGUUCCUCUCCUCCCAGCGCCGAGGCAGCACCUUGCUUGAAGUACAUGCCGUACGGCGCAUCCCCUCCCAGCUUUGAAGCUCCAGAACUGCCGGAAGAAACUUUGAUGGAGAGAGAGCACACCGACACGCUGCGCCACUUGAAUUUGAUGCUGGCCUUCACGGAGUGCGUGCUGGACCUGACGGCUAUUCGGAGUGGCAACCCAGAGCUCUGCAGCUCCGCCGUGUCCCUCUACCAGAUCCAGGAGAGCAUCGUGGUGGAUCAGAUCAGCCAGCUGAGCAAAGACUGGGGGCAAGUUGAGCAGCUGGUUCUGUACAUGAAGGCAGCCCAGCUCCUGGCCUCCUCCUUACACCUGGCCAAAGCCCAGAUCAAGUCAGCCAAGCUGAAUCUCUCGACCGCGGUGAAGCAAGUUGUCAAAAAUCUGAACGAGAGGUACAAAUUCUGCAUCGCCAUGUGCAAGAAGCUGACCGAAAAGCUGAACCAGUUUUUCUCAGAUAAGCAGCGUUUUGUCGAUGAAAUCAACAGCGUCACCGCCGAAAAGCUCAUCUACAGUUGUGCGGUGGAAAUG